AUGACCACCCAGUUGGACUUGAAUGAUGUUAUUAAGGAUAUAGAGCUUCUUUAUACUUCCAAGGAUGCCGAUCAAAUCCAUUUCAUUCAAGACAAAUUACAAGCGUAUCAGAAAAGUGAACAUGGUGAUGAGCUAGGGCUCCAACUACUACAACACCCUCAUAGCACUGUCAAGUACUUUGGUGCACUAACAAUUACCGUUCACCUUAACUCAUUUGGUUGUAAAAACUUUGAACAAACUUUUCAACAAAUUCUGCUUAUCAUCAAGGGAUUGGCGGAUGAAAACUUUUAUUCAAACUUGUUUAUUAUAAAGAAGUUGUUGAGUUGCUUGUCAUUGAUAUAUAUACUACACUACCAACAUUUUGAUCCUAUAGCUGUGUUUACCAAAUUAUUGAAUCCAACAACCACGUCAGUUGCACAAUUUAUCACCGAUUUGCAAGACUCAAAACAGCUAGAGUUACUUCUUUACUUUCUAUCAGUAUUGGUGGAAGACGUGCAAAAAAUUCCAUCUUCAGUUCCAGAGUUGCAUUCAGCUAUACAUGCUACUAUUUUUGGUCAUCUACAGACUGUUCUCGAGUACCUUUUGCAGCAAUAUUCCCAAUUACCGGAACAAUUUAUACUUCUUCUACUUGAGUGUUUGAACUCAUGGGUUGUCUACGCAUCUACCGCCGAGGCUCGCUCGGAAGUGAGGUACGGCGAUGACUUGGGUAUAUUUAUAACCCUUGUUUUGAAGCAAUUGGACGAUAAUUUCGACAUUGACAAGAUGGAGCUAUACAACAAAACAUUUACUGUUUUGGCAGAGUUUGUUGAUCAUAUUGCUCGAGCUUUGAAUCCCUUCAAACCCACAUUGAUGGAUAUCUUCUUUGGUGGUGAUAAAUUAGGUAUGCAAAUGCUAAAUACCAUAUUUGCUGAUCUGGAAUUGAUGGAAACAUAUCGAUUAGAAGUUGACAAUUACAUCAAUUUGAUUAUUAGUUACCUUGAAUUGAACAUUAUCCAAAUUACAAGAAACAUCUUACAUGAAGAUACAGCAAGAAUUAUCCAAACGGUGAUUUCCUUAACCAAUGCACCAGGACAGCCAAUUAUAGAAGAAAACAUUAGCUUCCAGUUGGUAUCAUUUUGGGACGAAUUCGCCAACACUUUAAUUGACGACGCAGACGUAUUGAAGGAAUCAUUUCCAACACUAAUUGCCGAUAACAAACAAAGAAGUGACGAAAUUUUGAUGGAAGUAGCUAUAUCUUACUUUAAAAAGAUACAAAGACCUUCUGAAGUUGUGUCACAAGAGUUUACACGAUACCGUGUUUUAGUUGCCGAUUUGUUUAUCGUAUUUUACUCCAUUUUGGGUGUGCCAAUUUAUGCGACUUUGUGCAAUACAGUGGGCCCAGACUUGAUCCAAAGUGAGGCUGCAUUAUAUUUACUACAUAAAAUCACCGUUGACAUCCAAUUUUACGAUGAAGAUGAUAAUGAUGAACAAAACUCAAAAACCUACCCAUUGGUACAAGAAAUUGCCAAAAUAUUCAAUAAGGAUGUAAUUGCAAUGGUGGAGAAUCAUAUUGAUAAAGAAUACAUGACUACAAGCUUACUCAACUUUAUUUCUGUGUUGCCAUUUUUUUACAAGUCAAGCUUAGGAAACCAAUUUCUUGCCCCAAGCUUUGAUUUCUUGUUUAGAAUAAUUACAACUCACAAAGUGGGAAGCUUGCCGCUUAUAGCAUCCCGCACUGUCUAUCGCAUUUGCCAGGAUGCGGAAGAGAAUCUAAUACCCUUUUUACCACAAUUGGAAUUGGUGUUGGUGGAAAUGUUGCAAAAUCCAGCCAUUGAUAAUGUUAUUCGUGAAAGGAUAACUAAUUCAUAUAUUUCAAUAGUUCGAUCAAGGAAAGUAGCGCCAGAAAUGGGCGAUAAAAUAUUUGCAAUUUUACAAGUUAUCGACCAGCAAAAGAGUAAGAUUUAUGAUGAGACUUUGGAAGAUUAUAUAAUCAGUUUGGUGGCGUGCAUUGACGAAAUCGGGAAAGCUUGUGCUUAUCCUGAGGAAAUUGAAGAUUACUUGACAGAAGAACAACUUCAACAGGUCAAGGCAUACUGGAAUGAAGAUCCUUUACAGAUUAGAAGCAUGAUUUUACAAAACUUGAGAACAUUUUCACUAGUUUCCCCCACGUUAGCGCAAAAGACAAUUGUGACGGAAAAAUGUUGUAGUAUCCUUAAAUGUGGGUUCAAUGAACCAAUUAUCGGACCAUUUACGUUUGAUUUGGGAUUGAUUUUCCAGUAUAUCAUUGCCAAGUUGCCAGCUUCGACUCCACAUUCGAUUGACUAUUUGCACCAAUUGAUAAUCAGUGUCAUACUCACUCAUGCCAAAGAUAUUGAUCAAACUCAGUUCGAGGAGUUGUUGGUUAGGGCAUUUGUUGAUAUUCAGUCCAUCAUUGAAUCUGAUGAAGAUUUGAUCAAGACAUCGCUUGAUGUCUUUGCAGCAACUGUUGACACCAAACCAAAAUUGAUCCUCUACACCCCCCUGUUGGAUAAAUUUAUUCUUCCCUUUGCCUUGAGUGCGUUUGCCAAACACGAAGUUCCAAUAGUACGAUCCACUAUCAAGUUUUGGAAUGCAUUAAUUACAAUGAAGAAAGGUGUUCAGCAAGACCAAGAAGUGGUGAGACAUUGGAUGACUACAGAACAACAGAAUGGAACCUGUUUGGGCUUCCAGCUAGCUAAUCAGUUAAUGAGUGCAUUUGUUGCUUCACCGAGAUCAAGUUUGGAUUAUUAUUACCCCUUGUUUAGAUACCUCAUCAACAAGUAUCCCUUGGAGUUUAAGAAAUGGCUUUUAUUUAUCGUGGAUAAUGUGCAACUAGGUAAAGACAAGUUAGACCAUGAUGCCAAGCGUCAAUUUGUCAAUAAAUUGAUGCUCACUAGAGGACAAAGGAUGGCCCAUAAUGUGCUUAAAGAUUUUUGGUUAGCCAGUUGGGGAUUAAGUGUCUAA